UUCAGCCGUGCAAAUAGUGAAAUCCACGGUUACAAUUAACAUUCGGAAAGUAGGGUAACCCUCAUUCGCCAGUCGUAUUUUUUCUUAUCUUUGACUUGAUGCAGUGUCUGAUCUACGACUAAUUGUGUUAGAAUGGCAGAGAAAGAGCGAGAGAACGAUUCAGAUUUGAAUGCUGCUGUGCCAUUAACUGAAUUUGUUGAAGAUGGCGCUCGGCAGCCGGCUGGCAGAAGACGGUCGAGAGUAAUCUUGCCUGAUGUGAAGGACAAAGGGUAUGCCUGGGUGAUCAUUGCAGUGAUGUGGCUCUCCAAUGUCAUCACUGCAGGCUACAUCAAAAGUUUUGGCAUCACAUACAAUGCUCUCAAAGUGGCCUACCCGAGCAUUUCUGGUGCUCAGGGAGGCAUCAUCAUUGCUCUGCUGUCUGGUUUCCGCAGUGUUCUAGCUCCAUUGGUGGGAGCGGCAGCCGUGCAGUUUGGGUACCGGCCCGUCAUGAUGUUGGGCGUGACUUUCUGCUCCUCUGCUCUCUUCAUGGCUUACUUCUGCUCUACUGUACCCUUGCUUUCUCUCACUUUAGGAGCCAUGAUGGGUAUUGGGAUGUGUACCAUAGAGACCAGUCAAGUGAUAGUUUUGUCUGAGUAUUUCAACAAGAAGAAAGAGCUUGCCAACUCCCUGCGUGUCAGCGGCAACCCUCUAGGCGGUGCUGCCUUCCCCUUCAUCUUGGUGAUCAUCUUUGAGCACUACGGCCUGCGCUUCUCGUUCAUAAUAUUGUCUGCAUUAUUAGCCCAGCUUGGGGCGUUUAUUUUCCUCAUUAGACCAUACAAACUCCACCAGCGUAUUGUGCUCGCCAGACGCAAAAACUAUCCAAGACUUGACACAACUGAGGACGACAAAUUCAAGACUGAUAUACCAGCCCAGAAAGCCAAGAAGCUUGAUUUUAAGUUGUUCUUGAACCCAUUGUAUUGGUGUCACUUGGCCAUGAUUGUGGGGUUUUCAGCUAACAUGCCCCAUGCCCAGAUAUUCUUUGCCGUCUACUGCAAGUCUGUGGGGUUGUCAGACACAUUAAUUUCUGUGCUACUCGCCUACCAAGCAAUCCUGGACAGCCUCACUCGACUCCUCAUUGGCUUCCUCCUCAACAAGAAACUCUUCAAGAAAACCCACUGUUUCAGCCUCCUGCAAGUCCUGAACUUCCUUUAUCCUGCCUUGCUAGGCUACAUGGUGGACGUCACAGGCUCUUAUUACCUCACCUUCAUCACGAUGGGCGUCGGCAUGGCCUUCGGCGGCCUGUCCAUCGGCCUCCAGCCACUCGUGGCCAAAUUAGCCAAGAUUGACGUCGAGUUUUUGUGA